GUUUAAUUAAAUCAUAACUAUGGUAAUUCAUUUAAGAUAAGUGACUUUAGUAAAAGUCACAAAUUCUCAUACAGACGGUCAUGUCUGAACAAAGUACCGAUACUCCAACCAAUAUGGAAGAGGGUACUGGGGAGGGGGUACCCCAGAAUAAAAAGAUUGGGGAGGAACCUGAGUCCCAAAAAACGGAUGCUAUUGAGGAACCAGAACCCCAAAAUGGGGAUGGAAAUAACGAGGAUUCAGAAAAAAUUGAAAAUGGAGUAAAAUCUGAAAACGGUGACAUUGAACAAAAGGAUGAAACUAUAGAAAGUGAUGAGUCACAAAACGAUGACAAUGCAGAACAAGCUGCAGAGGAAGAAGUAAAUCAAGAAGUGCCGUUAGAUUCUGACCCAGCCUCAGAAAACGGCGAAGCUGAAACUCCCGAUGACACUCCAGCUACUUUGGACAUGAGAGAGGAUUUCUCUACCGUCGUGUUGCCUGUCGUGCCGACAGAAUUAACAGAGGCAGUAACGAAAGCUCACACUUCAGAAACGAAAUUUGCAGUCUUGAAGAAAUUGUCAGAGGCUGUUGAAAUAUCAGACAGGGAUUUAGUCGACACAGUCUUCAAUUUACUUGUUGGAGGAGAGUUUGAUCUUGAAACGAACUUCAUUAUUAAAGAUUCUGAAUGUGUGAUGUACAUGGUGGAUUUACUGGAAUCAUGCACUUUACAAUGCCAGGCUGAAAUUUGGAGUAAAUUCAAAGGAAUCUGCCGCAAAAGUACUCGAAAUCUACAUGCAUGCAAGGAAGCAGGAUUAUUACAAAGCCUUCUUAUUAUACUAAAAGAUGCAGAUGAUAUGAUAUCAGAACUCCUCAUCGACAUGCUGAGUCUAAUGACAAGCUACUCAAUCACGGUGAAAGAGCUCAAAUUACUGUUGAGUAUGUUGAGAGGAGAAAAUAAUACUUGGCCCGCAAGAGCAGUUCAACUUCUGAGAAUAUUACAACAAACUCCAGAACGGCAUGGUCCUGACUGUUUUUUCAUGUUUCCUGGUAUCAAAGAUGCCGCUAUUGCUUUGCCACCAUUGAAAGCUUGGCCACAUUCAACCGGAUUCACUUUCAGCACCUGGUUCCAGAUUGAACCUGCUACAACCGGUCGUGUGGACAUCAAUAAACCAUAUUUAUAUUGCUUUCGAAAUUCCAAAGGCCUUGGUUAUUCUGGACAUUUUGUUGGGAACUGUUUGAUUGUGACUUUCCUCAAGGCAAAAGAUAAAGGAUUCCAACAUUGCGUGAAGUAUGAGUUCAAGCCUAACAAGUGGCAUAUGGUGACCAUUGUUCACAUUUACAAUCGGUGGAGAACUAGCGAAGUCAAAUGUUAUGCGAACGGACAAUUGGUGUCAACGGCUGAGAUGAACUGGUGUGUCGGGGCAAAUGAGCAAUUCGACAAAUGUUUUCUCGGAUCGGCGGAAACAACUGGCGACGAUCUGCGAGUAUUCAGUGGGAAAAUGGCUGCAGUCUAUGUCUUCAGUGAAGCUCUCAAUCCAUCACAAGUCUACGCCAUUUAUCAACUCGGGCCUGACUAUAAGAAUCAAUUCAAGUUCCCUGCUGAAAGCGAUCGCCUACUUGCGAACCAUCAUAGAAAGGUACUUUACGAAGACAGUAAGCUAAGCGAACAUUUAAUGAUGGCGUAUAACCCGAAAGCAACUGACGGACAACUUUGUCUCGAAUCGUCUCCGAGACCUCCGAAUAAAGAUGGUGUCGCUCAUAGAUGGUUUGUUCAUAGUCCUCAUGCUUUGAUGCUGCAUGGAGUAAAAGCUGUGGUCACUCACUCAAUCCAUUGCGCUCUUCAUUCUGUCGGAGGAAUCGAUGUUCUUUACCCGUUGCUCUCACAACUCAACUAUAAACAACCUGACGGUGAUAUUGAUGACACUGUUUGCCUUACAAUAUUGAAAUUCAUUCUCCAACUCAUGAAAGGAUCUUUCAAAACUCAGCAACAGAUCCUGCAAGGAAAAGGAUUCCUAGUCAUCGGAUAUUUUCUCGAAAAAGCCAGUAAACAACAUAUUACAAUGGACGUUUUAGAGAUCCUUUUGGCAAUCUCAAAAUACCUGGAUACAUUACAGAACAACGUGCCAUUAUUGAGGCAAUUUUGUGAUCAUAUUUUUUUCAAUCCAGCGAUGUGGAUCCAUACUGAUCCUAAGGUACAACUCUCACUUUACACCUAUCUUUCCACUGAGUUUAUUGCUUCAAGUACAAUGCAGACGACAGUUCGUAGAGUCAGUACUGUCUUGAUCCUAAUGCAUUCAUUGAAACAUUACUACUGGGUGACCAAUCCCCAGGACAGAAGUGGGGUUACACCGAAAGGCCUGGACGGACCUCGGCCAUCUAAAGACGAAAUCCUCUCUCUUCGUGCGUUCAUUCUUCUUUUCUUGAAGCAACUCGUCACACGCUCUAGUGGACUUCUUGACGAUGAAUUACAAGCUAUCAUGAGCUACCUUAUCACUAUGAAUGAGGAUGAGAACAAUCUUGAUGUUCUACAACUCCUCGUUGCGUUGAUGUCCGAGCAUUCCAGCACAGUCUGUCCUGUGUUUGACAAUCAUGAUGGCAUCGCUGUCGUGUUCAAACUUCUCGGAUCAAGCUCGGAAUUGAUUCGAAUUCAUUCAAUUAAAUUGUUGGCAUAUUUUCUUCAAAAUUCUAGUGACAAACGCAAGCAAGAGCUAGUCAACACUCAUAGUCUAUUCGUUUUGAUCGGAGAACGCUUGCUGCUUCAUUCCGAUUCUAACACAGAACAUCCGAUUAGUAUUUCAACAUACAAUGCUUUAUAUGAACUGCUGGUACAAGAACCUUGCACUCAAGUUUUACGAAAACCGCACGGAGAGCCAACAGCUAAUACACUGAUUAGGAAUCCAGUCAUGAUGAAAGUGAUUGCGAAUCUGCUUCGACAAUUUCCUCGAGAAAACGAAGAAACAAUGACUGUGCGAAUUCUGUUCCUCAAUGAUUUGAUGAGGCUUUUCAAGAAUAAUAGAGAUAACAGGAGAACACUUCUUCAACAAUCAGUAUGGCAAGAUUGGAUGCUUUCAUCCAGUUAUCUUCAUCCACAAACACAGAAUGAAAGGAUUUGUCAACAACUCGUUUUCAGUCUCUUCCAGAUCUUGCUAUUCCAUGCAAUAAAGUUGGAAUGGGGUGGUUGGAGAGUCUGGGUUGACACUGUUGCUAUCGUUCACUCAAAGGUAACAUUCGAUGCCCACAAAGCUUACUUAGAAAACAUGUACAAUGAAUACAAGAACGCUGAAGAAAUGAGCAAAAAACUUGGCACAGUAUCGGCUAUUACUGGAUCCAUUGGACAAUCUGCAGAUAGAACUAGACCUGAGUCUGGAGCUGCUGUUAUUACAGAAGUUCCAGAAGACACCAAGGUACCGGAACAACCAAGUUCUCAAGCUGCUGAAGAUACAGAUUCUACAAAAUCAACAGAUGGCCCUGCAGAAGGUGACCAACAGGCCGAGAGAGAGGUGGAUGAAAAAAUCAAGUCAGGAGAUCAAAAUAAUGCUCAACAAAUGGAAGUUGCAGAUCUAUCUGAAUCUACUGAGGGUGGCAUUGAAGAUGCUGACAGUGGCAAGGUACCAGAAAAUGAUGGCAACAAUGAUGAAAAAGAAGACAUGGCAUCAGAAAAUGGUGACAUCACUGAUGAAAAGAAUGACAUGGUAUCAGAAAAAGGUGGCACUGAUGACAAAAAGAAUGGCACUGAUGACGAAAAUUAUGGCACCGAUACAGGAAAAUAUGGCACUCCUGACGAAAAGGAUGGCAUGGCAUCUGAAAAAGAUGACACAAAUGAAGAUGAUGCCACUGGGGAUAGUGAACAGCGAAAAGAGCAAGAUCAAAUUUCAGAAGAUGGCAAAGUAGAAAAUGAAGAUGAUCUUGGUGGCAGUGACCAUGAACAAGAGGCAGAAGCCACAGAAUCAGAGGCCGAUGCCAUGGAAGUAGAAAAAGAUGAGCCAGCAAAACAGAAACUUGAUGAUGAUAUUGAAUCAGAAAAAGAUAGUGAAGAUGCCCCAAAAAUUGACAGCGAUGUCACAAAAACAGAAGAUGGCACUGAUUCUGAAACUGAUGCCAGGAAACAAAAUGACAAUAAUCAAACUGAGGGUGCUACAAAAUCAGAAAAGCUUGAAGAAUCUCCACAAGAUGCCACUAAAUCAGAAGAUGCUGCCACAGAAACUGGACAAGAUGCCACCAAACCUGAAGAAGGCUUGUCAAUAGAAAAUAAAAAUGAAGUAAAAAUUGAAAGAGAUAAGACGUCAGACCUGGCCAGGGAAGCUGCGGUUGAUGCAACAGCUUCAUCUAGUGAACAGAAGCCUGCAGAGGAAUCACCCAAAAAAACGACCAAGCAGGACAAAUCAAAUGAAGAAUCUGCAAUUGACCAAGCCACGAGCACAGUUACAGAGAGUACAGGACCAAGUACUUCAACACAAGAAACGGAACAGCAGGGAAAGCCAGUCACACAGCAGCAGUUCAGUCCAGGGCCUCGUACCAGUGUGUUUCGCAUCCCCGAAUUCAAAUGGUCUUCAUUUCAUCUACGUUUAUAUAACGAUCUAUUCGCAACAGUUGAAAGAGAAAUACAAACAUGGAAAGAGUCAAUGCUGCCUCUAGUGGAAGUUGUUAACAACAGUGAAAACGUGAUAUUCGUUCACAACACGAUCCAUCUCGUCUCACAAACCAUUGAUAAUGUUAUUCUGGCAUGCGGAGGAAUCCUACCUAUACUGUCCUCAGCUACUUCACCUAAUUACGAACUCGACACGAUCGACUCCUCUCAAGGACUCACGAUGUCACUAGCCUGGUCAAUGUUGAAUCGUCUUGCAGCUGCAAUGGACGUCCUCGCGUUCUCUACAACUCUAAAUUUCUCGGAGAUUGAACAAGAAAAGAACAUGCAACCUGGAGGAAUCUUACGACAAUGCUUGAGAACCGCUUGUAUGUGCGCAGUUCGAAACUGUCUUGAAAACCGCUACCUUCAUCACAAGAUUCCAAAAUCAGCACCACCGACUCCUGAUGUAACUACGGACUCUGUAGAGCUCCACCCGGUGUCUCAAAAUGAAGAAUCUAACGAGGACCCCGACCACCUUUCAGCAGUAGAGGCAGCAGAGAUACUUUUAUCUCAAAUGUCUAAUUCCGCAACGAAAAUCGCUGAUGCUAAUCGUCUUCUACAAGAUGCUGACGUUACAAGACUAAGAUCCGUAAUAUAUAGAGAUCUGGAAGAGAGCAAGCAAGCACAAGUCCUAUCUCUCGCGGUUGUUUAUUUCGUCUCUGUCUUGAUGGUUUCGAAAUAUCGGGACAUUCUUGAUCCAGAAAGCCAAAUGAAAUUGCUUCAAUCUAUAGUAGCAAAGAAGAAUUUACCAACUGGAGGGGCAGAUAAGGUUUCAGGGGAAGAAGGCCAUGCUGACAUAGGAAUAACUGAGAAAGACAUUGCAGAAGCCUUGAAUGUUCACAAAGAAGGGGAAAGAGAUCGUAGUGAAUCCAGCUCAACAGAACCAGAAGAAAGCAAGCAAUCAACUGUCCAGGAAAUUCUUAAAAACUUGGCAAAGUCUGAAGACAAUAAUGCCACAGAUAGUGGAAUUGUGGCAGGACGCAUCUUGGAUAAGGCCAAAGGUGUGGAGCAAUCUAAGUUCCAGUCCUUCGAUAGAAGCGUGACCGUGGCCUCCACUCCAGCUACUGCUAAUGCUGAGGAAACUCCCAAAGAGCAGACUAUACCACAAACAGUCAGUGAAUCGGCACCCACAGAUGAAGCGGAAGUCAAAACAGAUGAUAAGGAAGCUGACCAUGAAGAUUUGCCACAGAUUAAUACUUUGGAGGAUGUCAAUCAUCCAGUUCCCGAUGCUGAUGAUUCCCUUGAUGUUUCAAAGAAGCUUGAACGUUCAUUGGACCAACUUGCACCUCUUCUGCGAGACAUUUUCCUGGAUUUCUCAUCUUAUUUAUCGAAAGUACUGGUUGGGAGCCAUGGACAGGAACUACUAACAGAAGGCCUUGUGUGUAUGAAGUCUUAUUCAUCAGUGGUUGAACUGGUCAUGCUACUCUGCUCACAAGAAUGGCAGAACUCGAUACAGAAACAUGCUGGACUCGCAUUCAUUGAACUGAUCAAUGAUGGAAGACUUCUCUGCCAUGCAAUGAAAGAACACGUCGUCAGAGUAGCGAAUGAAGCUGAAUUUAUAUUAAACAAACAAAGAGCAGAGGAUGUGAAGAAACAUGCUGAGUUUGGGUCCUGGUGUGCUGUUCUGAUGACACAGCAAAGAACAGAAGAGCGACAAUGCGAUUUAUUGAUCUCAGCAGCAAAGCAUCGCGACUAUUCAUCGGCCCAGAGUCUCCAUAACAGGAUAACAAACAUUAUGACCAAUAAACACGGAGCUUGGGGUGCAGUGUUUUUGAGUCGUUCGCGUGAAUUCUGGAAGUUGGACUCCUGGGAGGAUGACACUCGACGAAGGAGACGUUUUGUCAGGAACCCAUACGGAAGCACACAUGCUGAGGCUACACUACAUAAACAGCCUACACCAGUUGUUGUAUCGGAUGCAGCCGUUAGUGGAAAAUUCCCAAGUACACCGAAGGCAGUCAAGAUAAGUACUUCAGAUGAAAUCCAACCCUCUGGCACCUCUAGUGAUGACGAUGAUGAGUCUUCCCUGGGCUCGAUCCAAGAAAAAGAAUUUGAGGAUUUGAAUGGUCCUGCAACCUUUACAACAGAUUGUGACUUACUAGCUCCAGGUUUGGCCGUGCAGGGAACGUUCUCUAUCACAACGGAAGAUAUCUUCUUUGAAGUCAGCGAGACUAGCGAUUCUUUCAAGAAAGCUGAUCCUAAGGUUCUUCAAUACACCGAAGCAAUACACGGUAAAUGGUCCUUCCAUGAGAUACGGGCAGUGUUUGCCCGAAGAUAUCUGUUGCAGACGACCGCCGUCGAAGUUUUCCUGGCUAACAGAACAUCUGUAAUGUUCAACUUUCCUGAGCAAGCCACCAUGAAGAAAGUUGUGAAUUUCCUUCCAAAAGUUGGAAUUGGUACUGGAUAUGGAUUACCACAAACAACUCGGAUAUCGCUUGCCAGUCCACGUCAACUUUUCAAGCAAUCGAACAUGACCCAGAGAUGGCAGCAGAGAGAAAUUUCCAAUUUUGAGUAUUUAAUGUUCCUCAACACAAUAUCAGGUCGAACUUACAAUGACUUAAACCAGUACCCAGUGUUCCCAUGGGUUCUUACUAACUAUGAAUCUGCAGAGUUGGAUCUUUCCCUUCCAAGUAAUUUCAGAGACAUGACAAAGCCAAUUGGAGCAUUGAAUCCAAAACGCAAGACUUAUUUUGAAUCAAGAUACGAGGCAUGGGAGGAUGCGAAUAUUCCAAAGUUUCAUUACGGAACUCAUUAUUCAAAUGCUGCUUUCACUUUAGGAUGGCUAAUGAGAAUGGAACCUUUCACUUCUCUGUUUCUCAACCUUCAAGGAGGAAAAUUCGAUCAUGCCGACCGUACAUUCUCAUCUGUUCUUCAAUCAUGGAAGAACUGUCAGAGAGACUCGCACGAUGUUAAGGAACUGAUUCCAGAAUUUUUCUAUCUCCCUGAAAUAUUUUUAAACAGCAAUAAUUAUUCUCUCGGGGUGAACAGUGAAAAAGUAGAAAUUGACAAUAUCAAGCUUCCACCUUGGGCUGAUUCUGCUGAUGAUUUUGUAAAGAAGCAUCGAAUGGCAUUGGAGUCUGAGAUAGUAUCAUGUCAACUUCAUCAAUGGAUAGAUCUCAUAUUCGGGUACAAACAACGCGGAACUGAGGCAGUCAGAGCAACAAAUGUCUUCUAUUAUCUGACUUAUGAAAAUGCCAUCAACUUGAAUGAAAUUACUGAUCCAAUAGAGAAAAUGGGACUUAAGGAUCAAAUCCGUAACUUUGGGCAAACCCCAUGUCAACUAUUAGCUGAGACGCAUCCUCCAAGAAGUUCAAGAAUGCAUAUGACACCCAUGAUGUUCAAAGAUUCCACGUCUCAAGAUGUCGUUAUGGUCCUCAAAUUCCUUUCCAAUUCUCCAGUGACUCACGUAGCAGCCAACACUCAUCCCAGCCUGCAUAACCCAGCUGUUGUAACUUGCACACAGAACCUGCAAUUCUGUAUCAACAAAUGGAACCAGGUCCAAGGAUCUCAAGCAAAGCAAAACCCAAAUGAUCAGUCGAAACAAAUCCUACCAAUCGAGCCAGACCAGCUCAUGAACACGCAAGGAGCUCUAUGUCGUCGUCAGAUCAGUGACAUGCUCGACCAAAGUGUGAGCGUUCUGAGUUCUUGUUUCGUGGUUACCGCUGACAACCGAUACCUUGUCUCGUGUGGAUACUGGGAUCGAAGUAUACGAAUCAUUGCAACGGAUACUGGCAAGCUGAACCAAGUAAUAUUCGGACACUGGGAUGUCGUAACAUGUCUCGUACGCUCCGAUACUUACAUUGGCGGCGACUGCUACAUUGUCUCGGGCUCACGAGACGCCACUCUACUUCUCUGGUACUGGAAUGGCAGAAGAAAUAGAAUAAUUGGAGAUUCAUCGAGUCCAGCAGAGAACCCAUCUCCACGAGCUGUACUCACUGGUCACGAUACUGAACUAAUUGCUGCUAGUGUUUGUGCAGAGCUAGGCCUUAUAGCAAGCGCUUCAUUGAACGGACCUGUAUUACUGCACACAAUCACAGGAGACUUACUGAGGACGCUACAACCGAGUGAGGAGGCCAUAGGGGAAAAGGAAUUGAGCCUUAGUCCAUAUCUUUUGAAAUUCAGUAGCGAAGGCAUCGUGUAUGUUGCUUACAAGAAUGGACUUGUCUGCAAUUUCACAAUGAAUGGAAGGAGCUUGACGCAUAGGAAACUGGAAGAUGGAAUCAAGGCAAUCACACUGAGCACUGAUGGAGACUAUUUGCUCACUGGAGGAGACAAGGGCAUUCUACAGGUCUGGGACUCUUGGAAAUUGAAGCAUUUGUACACCUACCCACAAUGUGAUGCCGGGAUAAGGGAUAUUGACAUAUCUCAUGAUCAGAAGACCGUUAUCACUGGUAUGACAUCGGGAAGCAUUGUCGCAUUUCGCAUCGAUUUCAACAAAUGGCAUCACGAGUUCCAGAACAAAUACUGAUGUCUAGAUAUUGAGGAAAAUAGCGAUGAAGACAAUCAAAUGACUACAAUAUGAUGUCAUAAUUGUGGCAAUCUAUGAUAUUGUGAUAUAAUAAUAUAACCAUGUUCUCAUACUAAUUUUACUUUAUUACAUCAUACUCAUUGUAAAAACUUUUGUUUGGUAUAAUUUUUGAGAAAGGUACAUGUAAUUUUAAGUAUAUAUAUGUUAUCUAUGUUUUACCGGACCAAAAUUAAAUGAAAGGGCCAUUUUCUGUUUUCAAAAAUUGCACAAUAUCAUUGUAACUGUACUGUAAUUGAACCAUUUUAUCGGCUUUCCACUCCCUUGGAGCUGUGAGUAAAUGUUAAAAAAUUCCCUUCAGGUAUGAAACACCAUGCUAGAUUGGUAUGAAAUGUUGAAUACCAUGCUAAAUUGGUAUUGAAUGCUGAAAUAUCAUACCAGAAUGGUGUGAAAUGCUGAAAUACCGCGCUAAAUUGGUAUUAAAUGCUAAAAAACCAUGCUAGAUUGGUAUAGAAUGUGAAAUACCAUGCUAGAUUGGUACGAAAUGCCAUGCUGGACUGGUAUUAAUGGUUGAUAUUAUGCUGCUGUAUUGAAUAUAGCGUGCAAGUGUAAAAUAUACCAGUUUUCUAAAGUACCGGUAUAUACAACAGAAUUAUCUGGUUAUCUAUUCCCAUACUUAGACUUGUUAGUUGUUACUAUAUAAAAGGACUUGAUCGCCCAUAUGAUUUAGCCGUAUUAUCAGCUUUCCCUUCUCAGAGAUAAAUAUGAAUAAGUCUUAUAUAUCUAUCUAUAUAAACAGAUGAUUUUUUGAUAAUUUUUAUGCUGUAUUGUAAUUUUAUGUUAUCAUGGUGCUUAUGGAAAUUUAUUGUGUUUUUUCUGGUUCUUUUGGAGUUGAUUGUAAAUGGGUACCGGUAUCUCUUUAAAUAAGGCUUUGGACAAGCAUGUACUUAUGAGUUUCAUAUUAGUCGUUAAUUUUGCGGCCAUAAAAGUACUUACAUGUAGCUUAGAAUUUGAGUAUGUAUUUGGGUCGCAAUAUUUUACAAAAUUUGGGUUGCUUGAAAAAAAAGGUCGGAACCUCUGGGAUAAACAAUCAAUUAUGUAUAGAUAAAGAUCUGAAUACCAUGCAUACGGAAUUAAUGACUGGUUAACUGUUUCCAUACUUGACAUGGUCUCGUGACCAGGCGAGGGGGUGGUCCACCAUUCAUUCAGGGUGGCUGUCAGUUGUUGAUUUUAGCAGCCUAGUUCAAACGUAAGGUAUGAAAACAUCUAAACAAAAUAUAAAAAUUUUAAUGUCCACCCAAUACCAUAGAAAAUAAUCAAUUACUGCUUUUUUAAGAGCCAAAUGAUUCUUUUCCUCGCCAAAGCUAGUAAGUUACUGCUUGUAGUAGUCUCCUUUAAAGUGUGGCAUAAAAUAUCAAUGUCUACCCAAUACCAUUGGAACCAAUUCUUUGCUCUUGUCUAGAGCUGUAUUAGAAGUAAAAUUGUGCUGGAACAUUGAAAUAUGUAAUUAUGCUACUUUCUAUAUAAUAGUGACUAUAUCGUGUAUGUUUUAACAACCAUGUGAGCUGACGCAAUGAUUAUUUGAGAGAGCGGAAUUCUAAGUGAAAUUUA